AUGCAACCACCGGGAACCGGAACCGUCCAGCACUACGCCCUUCGUCUCCUUGCCUUCUGUCCUAAGAACCCAUUGGUUUGGUUCCUCCAAGUGGAGUGCCAGUUUGCCCUGGCAGGCAUCACCAACCAGCUGACUCAGUUCCGCCACGUCGUCAGCGUUCUGCCUCACGACAUCGCGUCCCAGAUAAUCGACGUGCUUUGCGCUCCGCCGGCGAGCAACCCGUACGAUGCUGUCAAGAAGGCCAUUCUUGACCGUACAACCGCGUCUGAGCGCCAAAGACUGCAGCAGCUGCUUACUGCAGGAGAGUUGGGAGAUAGGCGCCCUGGCCAGCUGCUGCGUGACAUGCAGAAUCUUUUUGGCGAGCGAGCCUUUACGUUCGACCCUGCUCUCCUUAAGGAAUUAUUCCUACAACGGUUACCCUCAGUCGUAUUCCUGCUCCCAACACUCUUGGGCAAUUGCUUGAAGGCUUUGAGCAUCUGUCCACUAUGGUGGCGUCAGCACUCGCCCCUCGACAUCCCCGAUCCCGACGUCGAGAUCCAUCUCGACGUCGUUCACCCAGCCUACGGCGCUCCCCUCAGCGUUCUCGCGAGGCACCUCCAGGAGACUAUAUACAGGUUAUUGUCGCUACCACAGGCGCUAUGGCGUUCAAGCGCAGCACUGUAUUCUCCCGUGCAGCUGGCAGGGAAACCUUCCCGGAGGCCGGACAUGGACGUUGGGACCUAUUUCGAACGUCCACAGGAGAUAGUGUUCUGUCUGGGUCCUGACAGCAGCCGACUCUAUUUCGUAACGGACAAGGCAUCUGGGACCCGUUUUCUUGUAGAUACCGGCGCAGAACCACCCGACUGGUCGCAGUCUGUGGCCCACGACGUCGUGCAUUACAUCAACACGACGGGAGCCCCUGUUUUCGCCCGCCCUCGUCGGCUGGCCCCAGAAAAGCUCAAGAUCGCACGUAGCGAAUUCGAUCACAUGCUCGCGAUGGGCGUCGCGCGGCCUUCCUCCAGCGACUGGUCAUCUGCAUUGCAUAUGGUGCCGAAGAAGACAGGGGGCUGGCGCCCAUGCGGCGACUACCGCGCCUUGAACCUCGUCAUAGUCCCUGACCGGUACCCUCUCCCCCGUCUUCAGGAUUUCACCGUCAACCUGCACGGCGCCACCAUCUUCAGCAAGAUAGACCUCAUCAAAGCAUACCAUCAGAUUCCGGUCGCUCCUGAGGAUGUCAAGAGAACCGCCAUCACCACCCCGUUCGGUUUGUUUGAGUUCCCGCGCAUGCCCUUUGGGCUGCGCAAUGCGGCUCAGACAUUCCAGCAGUUCAUUGGCUCGGUCGUUCGCGGACUCCCAUUCGUCUUCGCCUACAUAGACGACCUACUUGUUGCCAGCCCUUCACCUGAACUGCACGAGCAACACCAGCGCCUGCUCUUCCAGCUUGUCGCAGCCUACAGUAUCGUGGUUAACGUGCAAAAGUGCGAAUUUGGAGUUUCCGCCACCGAGUUCCUCGGACAUCAGGUCACGGCCGAAGGUAUAGCUCCACUAGCCACCAAAGUGGACGCAGUUACCAACUAUCGCCAGCCUCAAUCUCUGCGUCAACUGCACCGUUUCCUCGGCCUUGUUAAUUUUUAUCGGCGCUUUAUCACUCACUGCGCCGAAACCCUUCGCCCUCUAGAAAAGAACUCCUCCAUCAAGGAGGACGUGUCACGCUCGACCAUGCUCUACCACCCCAAGCACGACGCCCCCACGGCACUCAUGAUCGAUGCAUCCGGAAUAGCCGUCGGCGGUGUUCUCCAGCAGAGGCACACGUCUCCUCGAGAGAUACGUCUCCUAUCGUUUCUUGCCGAGUUUUCCACCGACGUGCAGCAUGUUAACGGCACCGAGAACGGCUCUGCCGACGCUCUCAGCCGCGUGGAAGCUGUAUCCGCCUCGCCACUGUCUCCCGAGACCCUCGCCACCUCCCAAGCCGCUGACCACGAGCUACAGCGCUUGCGUGUGCGGGGCAACUCAUCUCUGAAGUUCACGGACAUUCCGAUUCCUGGAUGUGACCUCCUGCUUUGCUGUAACUCCUCGAAAGCGCAGCUGAGGCCUUUUGUUCCAGAAGCGUACCGCCGACCGGUCUUUGCGGCCUUGCACGGCCUGGCGCACCCAGGGAUACGCGCCACCAAACGCCUCGUUGCUGAGCGCUAUGUUUGGCCAUCGAUGCACAGAGACAUUACAACUUGGAUCCGCACAUGCAUACCGUGCCAACGCUCGAAAAUCCACCGCCACCUGUCACCUCACCUCACCACCGUGUCACCUCAUGGAAAGUUCGACCUCCCGGACGCACGUUUCGACGUCGUGCACGUUGACAUUGUCGGCCCCCUCCCUCUUUCAGCUCCUUCAGCUUUCUUCGCUACAUGCGUCGCACGUUUCGGCGUUCCUAGUCAAGUGACCACAGACCGCGGCCGCCAAUUCGACAGCAAUCUCUUUUCAUCCUUCACGCGGCUCAUCGGCACGUCCCGCAUACGUACGACGUCUUAUCACCCUGCGUCCAACGGCCUUGUCGAGCGGCUGCACCGCACCCUUAAGGCCGCUCUAGCUGCGUUCGAAGACAGAGUUCAUUUGACAGACCAUCUUCCACUCGCCCUCCUCGGCAUUCGUACCUCCCUCAAACCCGACCUCGGAUGUAGCUCGGCAGAACUGUUUUACGGACGUACCCUCCAUCUGCCUGUAGAAUUUUUGUUCCCCAGCUGUCCUGACGCGACCCGUGUCACGGCUCCGGACUUCCUACAACGCCUGCGACGCAGCUUUGACCUCAUCCGCCUUGUUCCGCCCCGUACCGCGUCGUCCCGGAAUCCUUACGUCUCCCAAGCCCUCGACGACGCUACCCACGUUUUCAUCCGUACAGACGCCGUGCGCAAGCCACUCACGCCCUUCUACACCGGUCCCCACCUCGUUCUUGGCCGCGCCGGCACGAACAUUCGCGUCAGCGUGCAGCAAGGAUGA